AUUUAAUUUAUCAUAAUUUACUUACCAAUACAAUAAUCGACUAUUACAGCAGAAUUGACAUUAAAUAUGACAAAAUUUUUGGAUAACAACGUUAAUGGCAAUGAAAAUUGCAAACAAAACGUUUAUGAUAUCAACAAUAAUGGCAUCGGUGGUGAUGUCCAACAAGUUAAUGGAGUUCCUAGCAAAUCGGUUACCAAUGAACAGGUCGUAUCUAAAAUUAACGGUGCAAACGGACUGAACGAUAAAGAGGCACAAUUGGCCCGAUUGUCUCAAAUAUAUAGAGAUCUAUUGGAAACUAUUGGCGAAAAUCCUGACAGACAGGGCUUACUUAAGACACCGGAGAGGGCGGCAAAAGCAAUGUUGUAUUUCACGAGUGGAUAUCAGUUCAAUCUGAAUGAUAUUUUGAAUGAAGCGGUCUUUGAUGAGGACACGGAUGAAAUGGUUAUCGUUAAAGAUAUUGAAAUGUUUUCAUAUUGUGAACACCAUUUGGUACCCAUCUAUGGAAAGGUAUCUAUAGGCUAUCUGCCCAACAAUAAGGUACUGGGAUUAAGCAAAUUGGCCAGAAUUGUGGAAAUGUAUGCGAGAAGACUGCAAGUUCAGGAAAGACUAACUAAACAAAUAGCCGAAGCAUUGGUAGAAGCCAUUAAUCCGGCCGGAGUUGGUGUUGUGGUUGAAGCCGCCCACAUGUGUAUGAGUAGUCGUGGGGUACAGAAAAUCAAUAGCAAAACAAUAACCAGUUGUAUGAUCGGAGAGUUCAGAGAUAAUCCCAAAACUCGAGAGGAGUUUCUGUCACUUAUAUAA